AUGGACUCGUUGGAAACAUCCAAGUUUAAGUUCGCCCAAUCGCAGACUCGGUUCUCCAAGUCCAGUCAGUUCCCAUCACCUCAACGGCCUCGAACCUCAUGUGCUCUCCUGGUCGACCAGGUUUCAUGCUGCACCAUCGACCAUCACCAUCUCAUCCACAGUAUUGUCUGUUUCAGCGGCGCGCUUGAACCUCUGGGCCACAAAGGGUCCCUUCCGUUCGGGCUAGACAAUCUGAUACCUGCGCACACCUCUGGUCUCGCCCGUCCCAGGGUCCCAUUCAAAACUCGCUUUGACGUCGGACUUUGA